UUAUAUCUUAGAAAUGAAAGAGGACUAAAAUUCAUGGUAGGAUUUUUUUAUUAUUGGGUCUGCUGCAUAGGUCUUUCAUUUGUCAUUAGCAAUAGCUAGUCCUUGAAAACGUAUCUAGACCAGAUCACAAAAGAAAAUCAAAUUUCAUAGCAUCUGGGUGGGUUUUUUCUUUCUUUCUAUUCUCUAUGAAUGGAUGGAUGCAGUAACGUUUGAUGGAAUAUAGAAUAGAGCAGGUGGAUCAUCUUAUAUUGCUAAAGUGACAUGUUGUAUAGUACAUCGGAAUGUUGUGACGGCUAAGUCAACAAUUGUCACUUGAAAGAUUCUUCUACAGGGAUACUUUUCUGGAAAUUCUUCAUUCCUUAUUAGACAUGCAUCUAUCUGUCAGUUGCUUGGACUUGACAGCAUCUGGGUGGGCUUAAGAAUCGCCACCCACUUCCUUUUUCUGUCUUUUCCAUUAGCUCCAGGGAACACAGUCUUCGCAGCUUCUUCUGAUUCUGAACGGUGAGGAAAUAAAACCCUCACACUAUGGCUCUAGAGAAGGUUAAGGAACUCUUUCCAGAGGCUGAGGUUGACAGGCGCCUUGUCUCAGGCUUGCUUUGUGGCUCAGCUGCUGCCAUUCUGAUGUUCAAAUGGAUGAACCAGAUGCGGGUCCAGAAGAAACUUGAUGAAUUCAAGACCAAGCGAGAACACGGGUUUCAGCAAAUGGAGAAGGCAGCAAAGCAGUUUAAACAGCAGAACCCAGGAAUAAAGGCUGCUCCAAUCCUAUCUCUUUCUCUUGUGGAACUAACUGCAAAGUUAAAAGAUGGUUCCUUGUCUCCAGAAAGUGUUCUAUACACCUAUAUGGAAAAGGCUUUAGCAGUAACCCGGGAGAUCAACUGUGUGACAGAUUUCCUCCCAGAGUGUGAAGAACAGCUCCGAGAAAUUAAAAAGAGAGAGAAAGGGUUACUCUAUGGGAUCCCUGUCAGCAUCAAGGAAAAUAUUGCUUGCAAGGGAUACCCCAAUUCACUUGGCUUGGUGAAAUUUCUGGACUCUCCCGAGCACGAUGACUCUGUAAUAGUCAGAGUUCUUAAGAAACAAGGGGCCAUUCCAUUUGUAAAGACCAACACAUCACAAGCCAUAUUAAACAUUGACUGUGGCAAUACAGUCUUUGGACAAACCUUGAACCCUUUCAACCACAAGAAAAGUUCAGGCGGCUCCAGUGGAGGGGAAGCAGCUCUUAUUGGAGGGGGAGGAUCCAUCCUUGGCAUUGGGACAGAUGUGGCUGCAAGUAUUCGGGUGCCAUGUGGCUUUUGUGGGAUAUGUGGAUUCAAACCAACUGGCUAUAGAGUGAGUGUCAAAGGUGUUACCACUCCUGUAGCUGGAAUGAACUCAGUCAUCUCUGUGACAGGACCAAUGGCAAGAGAUGUGGACAGCCUGGUGUUGUGCAUGAAAGCCCUACUGUGUGAUGAGAUGUUUUGUCUGGAUCCAGCUGUGCCCCCACUUCCCUUUAAUGACAAGAUUUACUUGAAUACCUGCCCCCUUAGGAUUGGAUUCUACGAUGGAGAUGGUUAUUUCGAGCCCUCUCCCAGCAUGAGACGAGCUGUGCAGGAAACCAAAAAACUGCUACAGGAGGCAGGGCAUACCCUGAUACCAUUCACUCCACCUCGCAUUGAUUUUCUGGUGGAUGAACUAUUUACCAAAGGCCUCUAUGCUGAUGGAAGUUCCACAUUAUUAGAAAAAUUUGAUGGUGAAUUUGUGGAUUCCACUUGGACAAACCAGAUUCGUUGUUACAGAAUGCCAGACCUGCUGAAGAGACUCUUGGCUCUCCUUUUAAUGCCUGUGUUCCCACGAAUCUCCCGACAUCUGCGUGCCCUCCUUGGAGUAGGGUCAGUCAAAAACCUCUGGAAGAACAAUGUGGAUCGGAUGGCUUACCGUGAUGAAUUCAUUGCAGAAUGGAGAAAAUUGAAGCUGGAUGUCGUGCUUUGUCCUGCUUUGGGCCCAGCCUUUAAUCUAGGAUAUGCUGGCAAACUAUUUGUGGCUACUACUUAUACCCAUCUAUAUAAUGUCUUGAAUUUUCCUGCUGGAGUUGUACCAGUCACAACAGUUACCCAAAAAGACGAAGAGGCACUGAAGCAUUACAAAGGGCACUAUGGCGAUUUCUGGGAUACGAGGAUGAAGGAGGCUGUGGAAGAUGCUGUGGGGCUCCCUGUAGCAGUCCAGUGCGUGGCCUUGCCAUGGCAAGAAGAAUUGUGUCUUCGGUUCAUGAAAGAAGUGGAGAGAGUUUCCCAUGAGAGAUGGGGAAAGAGAAAAAUAUGACUCUGUCAGAAAGAAGGCUGCAAGGAACAUUGAGCUUUCUAAAUAAACUUUAUAUUGACUUAUGCGGUUUAUUGCUGGGUUAGCUCAGUUAUAUUUUCACCAAUGUUCAGCAAGAUAAGAUAUAGAGAGAUUAGAAGAUAUGGUUUAGAAAGUAGAGAAUUUUUAAUUUUAAUGUUUUGUAAUUAGUAGAGAAUUUCUGGUAAUAUUUUGUAAUUGUCCAUAAAGAUCUUGGACAACAAGAUCUUUCAGACAGACCCCUUUGAAUUACAGUAUCAUUUCAAAGGUAUGAUACAAUUAUUCUGUCAUUCCUUCAUCAACUAUUGGGACUUUUAAGAAAGCUGUAAAUGAAAGUUAUAGACUUUUAAGAAAGCUGUAAAUGAAAUUAUAGUAAGACUGUAAAUGGGAAAUGCUGGUGUCAGCAAAUUCUGUACUAUAAAAUUCUGUGGAUGAGAUAAGUUGAUUGUGCAAUAAAAACCUUUUCUGUAAACCUGAACAGAUAAAUCUGGGACAAUUUAAAAUCAAUCCAGUAAUCUAAGAUAUCAGUAUCGUAACUGAUACCACCCAGGGCCUUUGAAUCCCAAAAAUUAUUUGCAAAACUGAAAUGAAAUUGUUAGUUCUAUAUGGAAAAAAACAUUGCAAGAUAGAUUGAUCUUCCAAAACAACGAAUGGAAAGUACACAGAACGAAAGAUCAUCUGGAAGUUGCCUGAAUCAUGGUAAAAAGAAUUAUAAUACAGAACGUCACAAUCAUUUGUAGAUGUAUACUAAAAGAGGUUUGGAAAAGGAUAUUUGGUGAAGUGAUGAAGUAAAAAAAGGUUGUAGAAGGAUGGAAAAAUGAAUAUAAUGAUAUUAAAAUGAACAUAAAAGAUAGAUUCAUGUGCAUAUAGAGAAAAUACAGUUCCAAAGAAUAUAGGUCAAAGAGAAUGAGGCAUGGUUAAAAUGAAAAUGGUAGACAGAAAAAUGCAGAUUGAUUCUCAGACCAAGACGGAAUUAAAAUAUUACUUUGGAAGUGGGUGAAGUGGGCUACAAAAGAAAUGUACAGAAAAAUAAGUAGAAUUAAAAAUGCUGGAAGGAGCAUUUGGAAAAUAGUGGUGUGUCAAAGAAUGGAACUGAAACAAAUAGUACUAGAAUUAGCAUUCAAGAAAAAUAUGGUGAAAAGCAAAUCAUAAAUGCUGUGAAAAUGGUUUUUUUAAAAGGUAUGGUUGCAAGGGUAACUCUGUAUAUGCUUAAAUAUAGAUGUAGUUUACUAACUACUCUUUAUGUCUGUUCAACCUCUUUAAUUUAUUUAAUAAAUGUAAAUGCCACGACUUGUUUAAUGUGUGUAUAAAGACACACACAUGCCUGACAAUCGGAAGAGUGCCAUUGUUGUUC